AUGAACCGUUUCGGCAACGCAACGCUUCUCCUAGCCGUCCUUGUGAACGUGGUCGGCGGUUACGGUUCCAACUACUACUGCUCGGCCAACCUGUGUCCGCACGGAGGCCCCAACGUAGGCUGCAAUCCUCCGCCCCUAGCCGGUGGCCAUCAUUGCUACGGAAAGUCGGCCAGCGUCGUCCCGCUGGACGGUGCCGUCCGAGGGCACAUUCUUCAUCUGCACAACCUGUACCGGUCGCGGGUUGCAUCCGGUUACCAGCUUCCCCUAGCACCGGCCGCGCAAAUGUACACCCUGGUCUGGGAUGAUGAGCUGGCCUCGCAGGCGGGCAAUAAUGCGCGGUCGUGCCUGUUUGCGCACGACCGGUGCCGGAACACGGCGCAGUUUCUUACGUCGGGCCAAAACAUUGCCCUGAUCAGGUACUACGGUCAGAGUUACACGGUCGACGAGCUGAUCAGUCGGUUUGUGACCGGCUGGUGGAACGAGUACAAGUACGCCAAAUCAGCCUACAUCGAAGCUUUUCCCCGGUCACAGACCAAGAAAAUAGGUCACUUCACGCAGAUUGUCAGCGAUCGCACCUGGAAGAUCGGAUGUGCCAUGCAGAACUGGGUCGAAGGCAUAUCGCGGACGGUCUACUUCGUUUGUAACUACUCGUUCACCAAUAUUGUUGGGCAGAAAGUCUACACUGCCGGCUCACCGGGGUCCCUGUGCCAUGCCGGGAUGAAUCCGACCUAUCCGGGACUGUGCCGAACGUAG